AUGGGACAUCGGGAUUCAUAUUCAUCUUAUUCAGACAAUCUUAUAGCUUUUACACAGCACUACGAAUUGAUUCAGGAGAGAAGCACAAAUUUGGUUGCAUGUUCAAAUACUCUUUCUUCCUAUGUAGGAGUAGAUAACUCUACGGAUUUAGUGGAAACUAUGAGCACACUCGAUAGCUGUGCCUUCAACAUUAAUUGGGGAUACUUAUGCAAUAAAAUGCGAUACUUCGGCUAUGAAAUGGGCACCCCUUGCAUAAUUCUCAAGAUCAAUCUUAUCUUUGGUUGGCAACCUUCUCUUUACAGCUCAGUUGGGGGAGUUGAGGUCUGCUGUCAUGGAAGAACUGAGUUUGAUCAACAACUAAUGGGAGAGGUGUGCUAUUACGAUGGGGCAGUAAGCACUGAUUUGGGGUGCUCAAGGAAGUGUGGAGUUUUUCCGCAUUUUUAUUUUCCAUAUUUGCGCCAGGAAACCUACCUUUCACCACUUGUCUUUAUGGAAUUCAGAAAUCUUUCUCGAUAUGUGGCAGUUCAAAUAACUUGUCAUUUAAAGGCAGUCAAUGCUAAUAGUAAAGUAAAUUUUGUUAUUUUGAUGGAAUGA